UCUGGUGACGAAAAACAAUACUUCACUCUCGGGGAAGAGAACACAAAUCUACGAGUAAACGAGAGGAUAGAUCGAGAGAGCAUCUGCGGGCCCGUGUCGCCUUGUGUCCUUAGGUUGGAGGCAGUCGUGGAAAACCCUUUCAACAUAUUUCACGUGAGCGUUACCAUCCAGGAUAUCAAUGACAAUGCGCCGCAGUUUGACAGAGAAUUUGUUGCUAUAGAAAUGAUCGAGUCCACGCCUCCUGGGGCCAGGUUCCCACUAGGCAGUGGCAGAGACCCUGACAUUGGGGAGAACUCUUUACAAAACUACCAACUUACCCCCAACCCGCUCUUCUCCCUUGUAGUGAGGGAGACUGAUGGGACGAAGCAGCCAGAAUUAGUGUUGGAGAAAAGUUUAGAUCGAGAAAACCAGAGAAACCACCUUCUGAUACUGACAGCUGUGGAUGGCGGGGAUCCAGUCCGAUCCGGGACCAUCCAGAUUAAGAUUAACGUCACCGAUGCAAAUGACAAUGCGCCAGUAUUCACCAGAGAGGUCUACAAGGUUCGACUGCUGGAAAACCUGCAAGAGGGCUCCUUAGCUUUUCAGGUGAAAGCUACUGACUGUGACGAAGGUACAAAUGCAGAAAUUACCUACUCCUUCAGUGAUAUCACAAACAGUGCUCGCAAGCUCUUCACUCUGCACUCCAGGACAGGGGACGUGAAGGUCACAGGUCCCUUAGAUUACGAAGAAGGGAAAUAUUAUGAAAUUACUAUUGAAGGCAAAGACGGGGGAGGGCUGAGUGCUCACACGCAAGCACACAUAGACGUUCUAGAUGUGAACGACAAUGUGCCAACCAUUUCCCUCCUGCCAAUCUUAAACCCGAUACCAGAAGACUCUGUCCCGAGUACAGUUGUGGCUGUGAUCAAUGUCCGUGACAGAGACUCGGGGGAUAACGGAGAAGUGAGCUGCAACAUCGAUGGUGAUUUACCUUUCAGACUACAACCAUCAUCAGAAAGCACCUAUAAACUAAUAACAGCCAGCACCCUGGACAGAGAAAAAGUAUCCGCCUACAAUAUCACCAUCACGGCCAGGGACCGGGGCAGCCCGGCGCUGUCCAGCCGCACGGCGCUGGUGCUGGAGGUGUCGGACGUGAACGACAACGCGCCGGUGUUCGAGGAGGCGGCGUACAGCGCCUACGUGGCGGAGAACAACGCG